AUGCCUCCGGCGCCGCGAAUUUUGCUCGUAGGCGCGGGCGGACUGGCGUGUGAGGUGCUCAAAAACCUCGUUGCCUUCGACAUCUCACACUUGUCGAUCUGCGACUUCGACAAAGUCGAACACUCGAACCUCAACCGUCAGUUCCUUUACGCGCAAGCGGACGUCUCGCGCUACAAAGCGGAGGUCGCGGCUGCGAAGGUUCGCGCGCUCGCCCAGAACCGAUUCACCGUGUCCGCGCACGUGGCCUACGUGCAGGACCUCGCGGAAGCGCUGUUCGCGGACCACGACGUCGUCGUCGCCGCGCUUGACAGCAUCUCGGCGCGCUCCUACCUCUCGCAGCUCUGCGUCGCGCACAAGAAGCCGCUGAUCGAUGGCGGCAGCACAGGCUUCAACGGACAGGCGCUGCUUCUCUGGGCGGCCGCAGGCACGGAGUGCUAUUCCUGCUCGCCCAAGCCGCGCACACGCGAAAUCCCCGCGUGUUCCGUGCGUGGCGUUCCGCACAAGCCGCAGGACUGCGUAAUUUGGGCGAAAUUCUUUUGUAGUUCUCCUUCUGCAACUUCAUGCGGUUCCAGUGUGACAUCGUUUCGUCGUCGAUCAGAACGCCAAUCAUUUACCGAGAGCCGCUUAUUCGAAUAUCUUCGUUUUUUUAAAGUUGUUGUUUGCAGCACUCUUUCGCACAAACGCUAG